AUGUUGGAAAAUUUAGUUUCUGGGAAAGAAAACAGUCGAUUUAUACUUGUUCACGGUAUGUUAUAAUAAAGAUCAGUAGUUAAUCAUUAAAUUGAAUUGUUUCGAAUUUUAGUUAUUUUAUUAAUUAACCCCCAUUAAGUUGCAUAUUUGUGCUCUAAUUAUGCACCCUACCUUAUUAAUUUACUCUGUCUAAUGCCACACGAUUUUACUUAAAAAUUGUUUAAAUACAGAUACUGUACAACAUAGAGGAAACUGCAUAUUAAAUUACAUAACACAAGGAUUACUUAACAGGUAUAUAUUUCUAUAUUAUUGGCUCUUUCACCCACUUUGCAAGCAUGCCAAGCACCAUCCAGCCAGCAUGGCCACAUGAUCAGAAUGUUCCAUAUUCUGUUUUCAAUAAUCGCACUGUUCUCCAUGCCAUCAUUUACCAUAAACCUCUGAACAUAUUAAGCUGUGGGCUUAUAGUUGUUCAUAAGCAUUUUUAUGGGCUUAUACAUGGGGGGGGGGGCUUAUGUAUGGAGGUUUUAGGGUAGUCAUUUACUGUUUUGACAUCUAUGUGACAUGUUUUCUAGAUUGGACAUAGUUAUCUUGUUCUUGCUUGAUAAACAUUCAAGAAACUUUAUUAAUAGUAGCAGGUACAAGCAAACAAGAAUUUUAUAGAAUAUAGCACUAAACCACCACCCAUACCAGUAAAAUAUAUUUCUUUAUGAAACAGGUUGUAUGUUCAUGAUGGAUUCACAGAUCCUUUGAAAUGGGUUACUGCCAAGUAUGCACAUAUUAAGAAAUAUUAAGUUGUAUAAUUUUGUUUCUCAAGACUACAAAAGAGUAAAAGCAUGUUUCUUUUUAUAGAUCCUCAAGUUCUGAACCAAUCUCAAAACCAUUUUUCUUAAAGAAUGUUUUGACAAAAACUAUUGAGAAUGAUGAAAGCUUUACAAGAUUAUUAUCAGGUAUCAAGCUUCAAUUUAUUUUCAUAAUAAAUUCCAAUGAUUACACUACUGGCUAUAUGCAUCAGGUAUCAAGCUUUUCCACUUCUUCGUGUAAUAAUUUUACAGUUUUUCAUUUCAGAAAAGUCAAUGAAAGUGGGGAUCAUCAUUAAUUCACUUAGUUCUGUCAUCUCACAUCAAAAUAUUGCUGUUGUUUGCAGAGAUUUGUGUGAAUUACUCGAUUAUCAUACACAAUGUACUGUACACUUACAGUAUUUUUCUAUGAAUUAUAACUUUAAUUCAUACCAUGUUUCACAGCUGUAAAUUAUUACGUAUGUUGUGUUGCAGCAUUUGAGGUAAAACAAAUUGUGGCCCUUGUUCACUCAGACUUACAUGAUGAGAACAUCCUAUCUUCUAUCAAUUAUAUUGCAUCCACCUCCAUUGAACUUAAAAACUUUGUGGAUAAAAAAGAACGCUCUUGUCAUUUUAUUAUCACACAUUGCAAAAAGAGUGGAAAAUUAACCAAAAAGGUACUAAAAGCAUUUUAUAGAAAUAUUGAGUUUUUGAGCUUCUGAAAAUUAACUGCCAUUAUAAAUUCAGAAAGAAGCAUACAGAAUUGACAGUGGUUCUCAAGUUAAAGUAAUUCCAAUUGAAGACAAAAAUAAUACAGAAGUAAAAACUACAACAUCUUCAGAAAGUGUAAGUUCAUUAACACUAACUAUAAUUUGGUUAAAUUAUCUUACUACCUAAAAGGUAGAAGGCCAGUUAAGUCUUUGCUCAAAAUAUUUUCAGGUAGUUUAAUCAUUCAACCAAUCUUAAUAGUUAUGAAUAUUGUCUAUUGCUACCUAAACAGGGACCUGACAUUCAUGUUAUUCUUUUUACUCACAGGAGGACAUCACAUCAAAUUUGACAUUCAAUCUAACCUUGACAGAGGCACAAAAGCAAGCACGGGCACAACUACAGCUUCCUUAUUUACUAGAUGAUAAAACCAGACAAACUCAGUUAGAUUUAGGAAAGAAAAGCCAAAUAUUUUAUGAAGCUGAUGAAGCAGAUGAUAUGGAUGAAGAAGACCCAGAUGAUGACCUGAAUAUCUAA